AUGGAGUACAUUGAAAAACUCCCAAAUGAACUAUGCUGCAAACCGAAACCUCUAAUCAUAUUUUCUGGUUUGGAUACGGAAAAAAAUCAAGUUCAUCGGUCUAUUUGGAGAGCCUUCAGUAGUAGUAAAAGCCAUGAUCGAGAGUCAUUUCAGUUUAUUUGCAGACCAGUUGACCACCAGUUUCCAAAGCCAAAAUACAAGCAACCGGGUUCAUAUGAAUGGUUUAUGCCAAAAGGUAUACUUAAAACUGGUUGGAUGAAAAAGCAUCUUGAAGAAAUACCUGCAUUCGUCGCAUUAUUUUAUGAUCUCGAUUGGGAUGAACCAAAAUGGGAAGAAAAGUCAACUGAAUGCUCUCAAAUGGUGGCGACUGUUAGAUCGAAACUUGCUGGUCGAGAAAGUAAACUGGUUGUUAUUCUAAUACAGAAACGUGCUCCCUUACCUUUGGGUGAAGAUCUUAAUGCCAUGGAUCGAGCACAAUCUCUUUGUACUAAGUGUGAUCUUCCAGGGAAGAAUUUGUUUGUUUUGUCACAUACAAACUUACUUUAUGGAUGCAUUACAAGAUUAGAAGAUGAAUUUCGUGAUAUGGCAGCUAACUAUUAUCAUAAUCAAGCUAAAAAAGUGAAAGCUCAUAAGGAUUCACUCAAUAAAGCUAGUCAUCAGUUAUUGUUUGUUCGUCAUGAGUUCAAAAUUGCUUUCUAUGCUGAAUUAAAACAAGAUCCAGGAUUAGCGCUUAAACAUUAUCAACAGGCAUAUAAUCAUUUAUUAGAAUUGCGAAUGUUAGAUGCACAUUUAUUGGAGGUGAAAACAAUAGCUGCAUUUAUUAACUAUAAGAUAUGCCGCCUGGCUUUUCAAAAUAACGCAUCGGAUGCAAUAUCCCAAUUUCGAAGGCAUAUCAAUUUCUUUGUGAAUCUCGUCGGAUUACCACAGUUAGCUUUUGAGCAUGAAGCAUGGAUGUCAAAACAGUUUGAAAUUCUUGGCGAUCUUUUUCAAGAAGCUAUCAAAUCGAGUCUCACUCCUCUUAUGACCCAACAUCCUGGGUUAUAUUAUCAAGAAGCAUCUAGACAUGCUGUUUGCCGUCGUCAGUUAUGCCAAGCUUUAUGCAUCCCUACUGUUAAAGCUGCUGAAAUGAAUGCAGAAGACAGAUUAUACUAUCCCUUAUCAAUAAAAUCUAAUGAAUCCGCAAUUGGGAUUGAUGCAGCUUUCGAUAUAGACGGUAGUCUAUUUACCGAAGACAAUGAAUCUUCGCCUCAUUCACCAAAUCACCCUUUAGAAACCACGAAAUCAAAACGUACAGCAAUUAAUACUGCUGUAGAAUUUGUUCGGGCUCAGUCACCUCUAUUAUUUAAAAAACAGACUAGUACAGCUGAUAGUCCAAAUUUAUCAGGCUCUCAUUCGUCCAGUCCAUUAUCUGCAACAGAUUGUCAGUCAGCUACAGAGAAAAUCAACGGUCUUGAAUUUUACGGCCAACGACCUUGGCGCCAAGGAAUUCAAAGUAUCGAACCACCAAAUCCAGCCAAAGAACGUGAAGGGAUCUUAAGUUUGCAGAAAGAAGAACUCAAAGUGGAUCAUUCUAGUUUCAUAAUACCUUUGCUGGAACAAACUCGACUGCAAUACAAACGAUAUAAAGCUGAACGAAUGAAAUUGUAUCCAUGUAUUUUAAUGGGUUCCGAAUAUUAUGACAAACAAGAUUAUGAUAAAGCUCUCAGUUGUUACUUAAGUGUCGUCAAUGAAUAUCGUAAUGAAAAAUGGUGGUCUCUCUAUACUUUCACAUUGAAGCGAAUUGCAACAUGUGCAUAUUUGAUAGCUCAGCCCACAGUAUUUCUCUCUUCAUGUUUGGAACUUCUUGGACCCAACAGCUUGAUGCCUAUCUCUGAGAAAAUACAUGCUCAACAAGCAAUUUUUGAUUUCCUUAGGACAGGGGUUCCUAAUUUCAUAAUGUUUGCACCUGAGCUUGACCAUACUAUAAAAGCUAUCGAAGAUGGAUGGAAGAAACAGUUGGACUUAUUAAUACAUCAUACUUCAAGCUUUCCGCAUGAUGACUCAGUCAACGAGAAUACAACGGAUUCAGAGAAAAAAGCACAAAGCUCAACCGAUCCACAUAUCGGUGAAAAGUGUAGAAUUUCAUUGGACAUUACCCGGCUUAGUACAUGUAUACAAUGCAAAGUUUGCUUUACGCAAUCGGAGUAUACUUUUGGUCAACCUGUUCAAUUGGGUGUUUUCCUACGAUCAUUUGCUCCUUUACCCGUCCUUGUUCAUCAUGUCACUGUAACUUUUUCCAACAAGGCUGAUUUUCCAACUUCUUCACCGGACACAACAUCGAAUAUAAUCAAUAAAUCUUUGACAGCGAAUCCUGCAAUUCAUCAAACAUCACAAACGUGGUCAUCGAAAUUCCUUUUGAAUUCAACAGAAAAAUUCAAAGUAGUUCUUUUUUGUCUUAAUCCAGACGUACUUGGCAGCCAAAUAAAAGUUGAUUCCAUUCAUUUAUGUUUAUCACCGCCUACGAUGAAUUGUAAUGAUGAAGAUAUUACAAAUGAAUUAAUACUGUGCACUGUUUCAUGGCAAUGCAAUACAAAAUCAGAUUAUCAUUCUUAUGUCAGUGAGCGUAAAACUACUAUUAGUCAUAAACAUCAUCAUCAUCAUCAUCAUACAAAGAAACAACCUGAUAUAAUACACGAUAAUUUAAAUACCAUUCAUGAUAGUAAUAAUAAUAGCAAUAAUUGUGGUUUAUGGUGCAAAGAGAUUGUUCUUUCAUUACCAGAAUAUCGAUUACAGAAAACUCCACUUAAAAUUGAAUACAAUGGAUUGAUAAUUAGUCAUGAUUUUCCUAACCUGCCACCGGAUUGGGAUAUUAUUGGAAGUCGAAUUCGAACAGAAAUGCAUCACCCACCUUCCGGUUUAGAAAUCACUAUACCAGAGAACGUUACUAUACUGGCAAAUGAAAUUGCUCAAAUUAACUUAACUAUUCGUAAUCCAACACCAAGUGACUGUACUAACGUCAAUUUAACUGUCCGUUUAAUUCCAAAAGAAAAGAAUCCAACAGAAUUUCUUAGUCAUGUUGAUCCUGCUUCUGCUACUACUGUAACAACUACAACAAAUUUAACUACUAUGGAGAAUUUUAUCACAGUUGGCAAUUCAUCUGAAUUAAUAUCUCAAAUGUCAACAAAAAUUGUGCAUUCCUCCUCUCCACAAAAAUCAAAUGGUGUUUAUUUUAUGAAAAAUUUGGAUGAUAUUCCAUCGAAUCAACAUAAAUCUGUGACCAUUUCAUUAUGUUGUUCACCUUCUUCGAUAAUUUCGCUGAACGAUCAAACACUUUUGUGUCAUUUAACUUUUUCUACUGAAAUUUUACCAUGUGAAUAUUCUGAUUAUUUAUUAUCAUUAUCGAAUUCGUCAACAACAGAAGCAUCAUUAGUUUAUAAUGUGAUCAAUGAAUCUGUGAAAUCAUCCAAUCAUUCAGUUUCAGAUAGAACCAAUCAAAAUGCUAUGAUAAUUCAAUGUACUCAAAAUAUUGAAACGAAUGUAACUGUUCUAUCACCAUUUGAAUUAGACUGUAGAUUACUUUCCUUAACACAACAUCCAAUUAAAAGUGUUAUAGUUAAUGACGAAUUUCUAUUACUAUUCAAGUUAACGAAUACAGCCAAUUGUGAAUUAGAAAUACAAGAUAUACAGUUAGAAUUGGCUAACGAGAUAUCAUGUACAAGUGAUUUAGACAGUUCAUGUAUCAAAAAUUUGAUUAUCCAAUCUACAGAAAGUUGUACUGAAUGUCACAUGUUAUUAUUGACCGAAACAAUGAACCCACUGGAAACAAUAAAUUUAGGCAUCAUUAAUGUUCAUUGGUCACGUGUAUCAACAUGCAACGAUGACAAUGAAAAACCUCAUAUUGCAACGACAAAAUUCACCUUACCAACUAUUCCAGUUUUAUCGUUACCUAUUCAAAUUAGCGCAGAACUUCCAGCUUAUGGUGUUAUGCUUACUCCAUUCCCGGUUACAUUUCAUUUAAUUAAUAAAACUAUUUAUCCACAGGAGGCUGUUUUCCAGUUAGAAUCAAUUCAUGGUUUCAUGUUUUCUGGUCAACAAAAGCUGAAGUUACGAUUACUUCCUGAUUCACCUCAUUGCUUGCAUUAUACCUUUCUGCCAUUGGUAUCUGGAAAUUUGAAAUUGCCUCGUUUACACGUUAUAUUAGAACGUUAUGCUGCUUUAUCACCAAACAUGCCAACUGAUCAACCUGAUAUACACUUACAAUUAGAAGAAAAUCUCCUACGACAAAUUCCAACACAUUUGAUAAUAAUUCCGUCAACAGAAGGAUUGUUUGAAGCAUCUGAGAAAAAUGGACUAUUCAAUCGGGAAGGAAUUAAAAAUGUGUAA